AUGGCGAAGAAGAACGAAUACCCAUUGAACAGCCCGCAUCCCCUAGUCAACGAUGUGUGGGAUCGUAUGUUCAUGGACAAGUUUUGUGCGGGUGACAGCUCAUUUAUGAAAGCGUUGAGUUAUUCGGAAGUCGAGAAGGAGGCGGGGCACGGUGGACAUGAAGUGCUCAACUGGGUAGCUAUGCUGGGUGCUAUGAAGGGUGCGAAAUCGAGGUUGUUGGUUUACGAGCCUGUUAUUGAAUGGAUUUGCGGCAUGACAUAUGUAGACUUUGAUCUUGGAAAGCAAUAA